GAGAGAGGGAGGGAGGAGGACAAGGGAGGAGGAAGAAAGACAGAAGGGAAAGAAAAAGAAUAAGGAAGGAGCAAAGAGGGAGAGGCCAUCUGCGAGGGAGCCGGAACCAAGGAGGGGAGAAACAGACUGAGCGAGGCCGAGAGAGAAGGCCGGGAGCGGGGAAUGAGCAAUGCGGGGCCGGGAGAAACAGACGCAGAAGGAGGUAGAGGCCAGGUGAGCUGGGAGCUGGCACGGACACCAGGCGCAGCAGGAACAGACAGCAGGAGGACACUGCCAGAAAGAUGGAGCUAGAGCGAGGGCCAGACAGAGCUGGGCGGAGGGACCGACCUGCCGCCUGCAGGUGCACAGACGGGCUAAAGGUUAGCCCUCGGGCGGGGAGGCUGGGUGCCCGCGCCCCGCAGCCUACCAGGCCCGGCCCCUCCCACUUGCUCUGGCCCAGCCUCCCCCCUCGUGGGGCGGUGCGAGGCGGCCUUCUCACCCGCCCAAUGGGGGGGAGCCGACAGCACCUUACUAGGCCUGGGGCAGCGUUAGCGCUCAGGGAUCACAGCUGUCAUCAUUAUAAACGAUGGGAGGCCAAAAGAAGACCUGAGAGAGGGGAAAAAUAUCCAGAGACGUUCCAAGGUUUCAUAUCCCCGCCUCCGCCCUAGUCCUGGAUUCCAGAAUCUGACAGCUCCUGUCUCUCGGGAUCUCACAGUAUCUCUGUGCCAUCUCCACUCUGACCCCACACCCCCACCCCACGCCAGCGCCUGUCAGGCCACCCCACGCCACACUGCCGGCCUCUGGGUCCCUGAGACCCUUUAACCUGUGAGGACAUCCAGGGUCACAGGUGAGGUUCUUGGGAGCCUGGCGUCCGGACCAACCACAAGCCUGGGGACUGCCCACCUGACCCCUGGCCGCUCACACCCUUUCUCCUGGAAAACCCAGAGCUUGACGUGUGGCCAGCCACAGAAAUCCGACCUCUGACCCUAGACCACCUGCCCCUCCCCCCCCACCAUGGUGACCUCACAAAGGCCACCAGCUUCUCCCCGGGCCUAGACCCUCCGCUAUGGCCCCGCUGGCCCAAGACAGCGCUGUCCUGUGUGCCCUGGUGGCCCUCACCGUCUUCAGGGCCCCCGCCUGGGCCUGUCUGAUCUGCUUCACAUCCUAUAAGGAACGCACCCGCAUCUGCCAGAUCUUUGCUGGUAUACAGGGCCCCGAGCUGGAGAAGUGUCAGGAGGCAUUCAGCAGCGCCUUUGCGGACCUCGCCGACAUUGAAAUCAACUACGAUGACAGAAGCCAUCUGCAUGACGCCUUCACCCAGAUGACCCACUCUCUCCAGGAGAUAGCUGCCGCCCAGGGCUCCUUUAACGUUGCUUUCCCUGAUGCUGCCGAGAAAAUGCGGAAGGUCGUUAUGAAGCUUAAAGGAGCCCAGGCCUGCGUCCCUCCCUGCGGGUUCCAGGAUGUCGCCCGGCGUUUCCUCUGCUACGGGUGCUACUCCAAGGCCUGCAACUUCCCGCUGGACUGCCCAGGUGAGAGGCGGGGCCUGGAAGGAGAAGAAACGGACUUGACGGUGACUCGGGGUCAGCAGGCUAAGUUCUCCUGCACUGUGAACUUCCAACUGCCUAAGGAGGAAAUCACCUAUUCCUGGAAGUUCGCAGGAGGAGGUCUCCGGACGCAGGACCAGUCCUACUUCCGAGACAUCCCGCGGGCCCAAGGAUACCUGGCGCGGAUCCGGCCGGUGCAGCCCACGCACAGCGGGACCUUCUCUUGCUCCAUCCUGCACGACCAGCGCCCAGUGGCGCGGCUCUACUUUUUUCUUAACGUGACCAGUGCGCCCCCGCGUGGGGAGAUCGAGCUGCAGGUCUCCUUUCGGAAAGUGCUGCGCUGGGCGCCGAAGGAGACGGAGACGUUGGAACCAUGGAGGCCAAGCCUGGGCGAGCUGCUGGCCAGGCCCGAGGCUCUGACGCCGGGCAACCAGUGCCUGCUCGCGGCCCUCGCAGCCGUAGCAUCAGCCAGUGCGACCCUUACGGUGUGAAUAAAGAAUGUCUUUCCGCUCUCUAGAUUCUUUCCAUCUUUGAAGGGGGUCAGUACCGUCGCAGGUAGCAGGAGAGGCAGCGUACCCCAGAUACGUUCAGGCGGAUAGGCUCCUAAUGACGGGAGUAUGUAGAGGUGUCACAGUGCAAGGGCCUGUGCUGAGGGCUUUAGGUGCAAGCCCAGACCCUUCCCGGGAUUUCUGGCAGUCUCUCUGACAUUGCAGCCUGCAGAAGACACCCUCAAAUAGAGUCCUUGAUGUCUCCUUGAAAGCCCGUGCCUCCCUGAGGCUUUCCUGCUAAAGGCGCCCCCGUCCACCCAGCUGCUCCCCCAGAAACCUAAGUUUAAUUCCUCCUCCUCUCCGGUUUUCAUGCCUGAGCCUCUUUAACUCCUAAACAUCUUGUGCAGCUGCCCUCUCUCUGUGGUCCCAGUCACCAUCAUCUCUUCCCUGGAUCACUGCAGCAGCAUCCCCACUCGCCCCCCCUGCCUCGACUCGGCCCUGCCCCGCUGCAGUCCGUCUUCCACAUAGCAGCCAGAGUAAUAUUUUAAUGUAUGUCAGAUCAGGGGCGCCUGGGUGGCCUAGUCCGUUAAGGGUCCAGCGCUGGAUUUUGGCUCGGGUCAUGAUCUCA